AUGUCUCGAACCGUGUGGAUUCGAAGCACGCACGGGAGUGCUGAGCCUUCCGUAAAGAGCUCGUGCUCCGGGGCCGUAGCACGCGCCAAGCCCGUCUGCGCGACAAGUUGUCGGACCAUGCACCGGUUGCGGCAGUUGCGCCGGUUGCGCAGCGAACUGUGGGAUGUCGCGGUGUCUCACGUUGCUACUCUACUAUCCACCACCAGCACCACCAGCACCAGUGGCCAUAUUACGACCAUCACCAUCACCACCAUCACCACCAUCACUACCGCAGGGCGGAUUUUCGAUACGACACGCCGGCCCACGAUGUGCGUGGUGGUGGGAUACAAGAAGUAG